CUUUGCGCCGACAACCUCAACGCACGACGAACACUACACCAUCAUGUCGCAAUUCAGAGCAAAGAGACUAGAUCUUGGUGGCUUCAUCAAUGCCCGUGUGGUCCGUGACCAUACCAAGCGCAAGGUGUACGAGCAGUACGAGCCCGAGCGCCAAGCGCUCCGCUACAUCAUCCGCAACACCACCCUCCCCCAGCGUGCCCGUGCCCAGGCCCAGCUUCAGCUCUCCCAGAUGCACGCCUACACGCGGCCAACGCAGAUCAAGAACCGCUGUGUGGCAGGUGGAAUUGCUAGGAGUGUCUUCCGGGACUUCAGAAUUGCGAGGUACCAAUUCCGUCAACAAGCACUGGCUGGUGAGCUCCCGGGUGUGAAGAAGGCGAGUUGGUAAAAGGGAUAUAUUUUUUGUUAUAUUAUGAUGGUGAUCAGGCAAUACGAUUUGGGUCAACCGGUUUCGCACAAAAGGCGUUUUUUUAUCCAUUCAUACCUUAUGAGAAGUGUACAAUAGGUCAUAAAUACUGGUGGGAUUACAAUGGAUCUUCGAAAUCUUCCAUUUCUUGGUCUGUGUGACUAUUGGCCGGAAAGGCGUACUUCUGGACUUUCAUAUUGGGGACAAACAGACUGCAGAGUAUCGAUAUUCUAGCAAACAAACUGCUUUCACCUAUCAACUUCACCACGCAUAAAAAGUUGAUAUAUACAAUUGAUAUUCACUACUGGCA